AUGACCAACCCCAGCUCUGCCUUCUCCAGCGGCUCUCUGUGCUCCGGGGAGGCGGCGGCGAGGAUGAGCCGGGGCCGGGCCGCCGGGAGCCCGAGCCCGGAGCGCCGCAGCCCCGACGGCGGCACCAGCGACGGGCCCGGCUCGCUGGGCAGCGACGGGCCCGGCUCGCUUGGCAGCGGCUCCCCGGGCAGCCUGCGCUGCUCGCCCUUCCCCGGCCUGGGCCGGCUGCCGCCCCCCGUGCGCCUGGACAUCGACACCGAGUUCCAGGCCGUGCGGCAGCAGGAGAAGGAGGACAUCAAAGUGCUCAACAACCAGUUCGUGACCCUCAUCGAGAAGGUCCAGAGCUUGGAGCAGCAGAACAAGAUCCUGACAACCAGGUGGAACUUCCUGAAGGACCAGGACAAUUCCCACUCUGACUCGGACAUCAAGGCCAUCUAUGAGCAGUAUGUGAGCAAAAUGAACCAGGAGAUGAAGGCGCUCAACUUCGAGCAGGAGAACCUGGAGUCAGAGCUGGCGAAGGUGCUGAGCACCAUGGACGCCUUCCGGAGCAAGUACGAGGAUGAAAUUCGCCUCUGCAGCGGGAUGGAAUUCACCUUCAUGGAGCUCAAAAAGGAUUUGGAUGUGAGCACCUUGCACCGCACGGAGCUGGAGGUGAAGCUCAAAGGGCUCCAGGAGCUGCUGGAGCUGAAGAAAACCAUCUAUGAGCAGGAGCUGGAGGAGUUGCUGACGGAAAUCAAGGACAUCUCCGUGGUGCUGGGGAUCGACAGCUGCUCCCGGCCGGACCUGGGCAGGAUCGUGGAGGACGUCAGGGCCCAGUACGAGGCUCUGGCCCUGCGCAGCUGGGAGGAGGCCGAGGCACUCACCCGGAGGAAGCUCACUGACAGCAGCUCCCAGCCCGGCUCCUUCGGGGGGCACCUCCUGGACAGCCGGAGGGAAAUCGCGGAUCUGAACAUCCGCAUCCAGAAACUGCGCUCCUGCAUCGUGUCCCAGAAGAGCCAGUGCCUGUACCUGGAGGAGCACAUCCGCGAGGCUGGCGAGCAGGGGGAGGGGACCCUGAGGGACGCCAAGGCCAAGGUGGCCGGGCUGGAGGAGGCCCUGCAGCGCAGCAGGGAGCACAUGGCUCACCUGGUCCGCGAGUACCAGGAGCUCAUGAACAUCAAACUGGCCCUGGACGUGGAGAUCCUCACCUACAGGAAGCUUGUGGAAGGGGAGGAGAACAGCAUGGAGCAGCCCAUCCCCACCAUCAUCAGCGCCGUCCACUCCCGGCCCAGGCCUCUUUCUGCCAGCACCCUGCGGAACUCGCGGCUCUUUGCGCGGGGCUCGGGGGAGCCCAGCGGGGGCGGCCCCGGGAGGGACCCGGACGCUGCGGGGGCUGCGGACACCGGGACCCGGCCCAAGCUCGGCGCCGGGGCCCCCGGGGAGUGCUCCUAG